GACGGAUCCCACGUGGCCACACGCGGGAGGCUCGUGGAGAUCGCGCCUCUUAUCGUCGAAAGGCGUCAAGCUCACUUCAGCCGCGAAAAUUAAUUUCCAGCAAAAACAUUCCGACCACCGUAGCAUUCCGUUCAUCCUCCCGUGAGAAAGAAAUAUAGGAAAUUUCUCUCGACCCGAAAAAUCCCCUUUUCGCUGCUCGAUUCCGGCAGCGGCGGCGACGACGGCGGCCGGCGGCGUCCCUCCAUGACCACAGUGGCUUCGCUAUCCCUGGUGCCGCACCUGCUCAUCAAGCCCUCCUUCCGGUGCCUAUCCAGAAAGGGCGUCGGCAGGUAUGGCGGAAUCAAGGUGUACGCGGUGCUCAGGGACGACAGCGCUGACUAUCUGAAGGACAACGGCCCCUGGGAGGCCCUGUUCCAUGUGGACGACCCUGGGCCGAGGGUUCCGAUCGAGAAGGGCAAGUUCCUGGACGCCAAGCAGGCGCUCGACGUCGUCCGCUUCGACAUCCAGUACUGCGACUGGAGGGCCCGGCAGGACCUGCUCACCAUCAUGGUGCUCCACAACAAGGUGGUGGAGGUUCUGAAUCCUUUAGCGAGAGACUUCAAGUCGGUCGGAAACUUGAGGAAAGAUCUUGCCGGGUUACAGGAGGACCUUGCAAAAGCUCACAACCAGCUUUACUUAUCGGAAUCUAGAGUGUCAUCGGCCCUCGAUAAGCUAGCGCAAAUGGAGACAGUAGUCAACGAGAGGCUGUUGUCGGAUGGGAGCGCUUUUGCAGCCACGGCCGAUUGCGCUUCUCUCGAUCCAAGCACUUCCUUCACACCUCGUGUUGGACCCAAGAAAACUAAGCGUCGGAGCCUCAACAUCUCUGGCCCGGUGAAGCCUUACCAUUCUAACCUGAAAAACUUCUGGUACCCGGUUGCUUUCUCCAGUGACUUGAAAGAUGACACUAUGGUACCGAUAGAUUGUUUCGAGGAGCAGUGGGUAAUAUUCCGAGGUAAGGAUAAAAGGCCUGGAUGUGUUCAGAAUACAUGUGCUCACAGAGCUUGCCCUCUUGAUCUUGGUUCAGUGAAUGAGGGCAGAAUCACAUGCCCUUACCAUGGUUGGGAGUAUUCGACUGAUGGAAAAUGUGAGAAAAUGCCAUCAACAAAGAUGCUCAACGUGCGCAUCCGGGCACUGCCAUGCUUCGAGCAAGAAGGAAUGGUUUGGAUCUGGCCCGGCGAUGACACACCGACUCCCACCAUCCCUUCCCUGCUGCCUCCCUCCGGGUUUACAAUCCAUGCAGAGAUUGUGAUGGAGCUACCAGUGGAACAUGGACUUCUUUUGGACAAUCUACUAGACCUUGCUCAUGCCCCUUUUACUCAUACGUCCACCUUUGCCAAGGGUUGGAAAGUUCCAAGUUUUGUGAAGUUCUUGACACCUACAUCUGGGCUCCAAGGGUACUGGGAUCCUUAUCCCAUCGAUAUGGAGUUCCGACCACCCUGCAUGGUCUUGUCAACCAUUGGCAUCUCCAAGCCCGGAAAGCUUGAAGGGAAGAGCACCCAACAAUGUUCGACCCAUCUCCACCAGCUUCAUAUAUGUUUGCCCUCAUCUAGGAGUAAAACCAGGUUGCUGUACCGGAUGUCCCUCGACUUCGCUCCCUGGAUCAAGCACAUCCCUUUCAUGCACCUGUUGUGGUCACAUUUCGCUGAGAAGGUCUUGAAUGAGGAUCUCCGGCUUGUGCUCGGCCAACAAGAGCGAAUGAACAACGGCGCUAAUGUUUGGAACUGGCCAGUGUCAUAUGACAAGCUCGGCAUUCGGUACCGGCUAUGGAGGGAUGCAGUCGAGAGGGGUGUCGACCGGUUACCGUUCAGCAACCAAAUUGAGAGCGGGUCAUAGGCAAGCACAUGACAUCACAUGUAGUCCCCGCAUUCAUUUGCCUGGCAAUGGCAGCAGAUGACCCAUAUGCACAGAUUAUUCAGGCCUGCGUUGCAGCACGGUUGUCAUCUGCCAAUGAUUGUUACAGAUAGAAGGAUUCUGGAAAGGAAGACCUGUGAAGAGGAUAAAGGGCACCACCUUUGCCAUUGUGUAAUUUUAAUUGUACACUAGCGGCCGUUUCACCUGAUGCAAUUGUAAUCUGAGGUUGAUUUUUUUUUCCUCUUAUUUUCUUCCCCUCCCUUUCAUGUAAAGUAUCUUCAGAUGUUAACGUCAAAACGUACAUAAAUAUACUAUGGACCAUGAAGGUGAAAGCAUGCUCA